AUGACUGAAGCGUUGAUUGGGACUCUCAACGUUGCCAUAUGUGCCAAAACAAUGAACAAAGCUGUUUUUGUGAUGGCUGAGAGCAUCAAAUUUGUCAAAGAGUACCCACUAAAUCAAGCGGAUAUUCCUGAAGAAUUCAAGUACCGAACAUCGGUGUUAGAAAAGGGAGAUCUCUCCGUAGAACAUCCUAUGGUUGACUAUACGCCUCCACAGUAUAUCAAUCUUCUAUUCACCGAUCUCGGCAUACUAACACCAGCAGCGGUUGGAGAAGAACUGAUCAAGUUGUAUACGUAG